CUGGUGCGGAGAGGGGCGGCUGCUGAAGUUUGGUUGUGUUUGUUGUUUGACAGUUAGCUACAGGUUGCAAUACAAAUUUGUAAGAGGGGGGCCACUAAAAUGUUUUGCAGCAAGGUGGGGGGGCCCCCAACCAAAUCUUGCUGAGGGCCCCUAAAAGGCUAGAGCCGGCCCUGCUUUGUCACACGUACCGACUACAAGUAUCAUGGCAGGAACGUCACGACAUGAUCGGGAGAUGGCGGUGAAUGCCAAAAAACAGUUGUCUGUAUGCACAGACCCUGUGGAUCGGCUGAGGAUGCAGUGUCUCGCACGUGGCUCUUCUGGCAUCAAGGGUCUGGGCAGAACAUUCAGGAUAAUGGAUGAUGACAACAACCGUACAUUGGAUGUGAAGGAGUUCAUGAAGGGCCUUAAUGACUACGGUGUCCUCAUCGAGAAAGAUGAGGCCCUGGCAAUGUUUCAAAGUUUUGACCGGGAUAACAGUGGACUCAUUGACUUUGAUGAAUUUCUCCUCACUCUCAGGCCCCCGAUGUCCAAUGCCAGGAAGGAGGUGAUCAUGCAGGCCUUUAGGAAGCUGGAUAAGACUGGUGACGGUGUGAUCACUAUUGAAGAUCUGAGGGGGGUUUACAAUGCCAAGUACCACCCCAAAUAUCAAAACGGGGAGUGGACAGAGGAGCAAGUAUUCUGCAAAUUCCUGGACAGCUUCGACUCUCCUUACGACAAGGACGGAAAGGUCACAACGGAGGAGUUUCUCAACUACUACUGCGGAGUCAGCGCCUCCAUCGAUAGUGACGUCUAUUUCAUUCUCAUGAUGAAAAAUGCAUGGAAAUUAUGAGUUUUAAGUUGAUAACUUCAUGAUAAUAAUUUUUAAUGGACAGUUUUUCAAGGUGCCUUCUUAAACAAAUAUUAUAUUAUGGAAAUCAUGUUGACAAACUAAUAUUAAUAAUGUCCCAAUGAUAUGCAAAUGAUUAUGAAUUACUCGUAUUUUAAUUAUAUAGUCACUCUCUCCAGAAACGACCAAUAUUAUGUAUUGUAGAAAUUGAAAUUUGAUGUCUCUGUACAUCUAUGGUCCACAGUUCCAAUGUUAGAUACAAAUUUAUAAAGAUACAGGGAAAUCAUAAAGACUGAUAAAUCAAAGUACAGUCAUUUCAGGAGAUGAGGAAAGCAGAGGAAAUGAUACAACUCUGCAUUUUCUUGUGGAAUUAUGCAUAAAAAUGUGAUCUGUUUAAUAAAAAUGUUCACAAAAUUUUACAAUAUGGUAAUUUCUACACCGACAAUGCUGUCACAUUUGUCAGAUUAAAAUAUACAAAUACCGGAUGACUACAGAUUUUGUACAGUAAAAUAAAAACAAAGCAAUAAUUUGCAGAUGAUGACUUUAUGUUUAAUGCUCCGCUAAAGUCUCCCAUAAAGUGUUCAAGAAAAGGAUAAAGCGUUCUGCAUUGAAAACUAUAAUGUAUGAGAGUACAUAGUAUAAUAUUAUAAUACAUCCAAGUCAGUGUAAAAAAAAAACUACAUACCGGUAACUGUGCAGGAAAUACAAUCACUUACAGUGGGGAGAACAAGUAUUUGAUACACUGCCGAUUUUGCAGG